CCGGUGGGGGUGCAGAGUGAAUCUUCGGGAAGAAGCAGAACGAGCUGACAAACCUGCUUUGUCACCUUGCAGGUGCCCUGGCGUACGCCUUGGCACUGCUGGGGAUACCAAGAAGCACUGGUGUCGUGGAGCAGGUGGGGGGAGGGAGGUGACUUGUUGUGUUGGGAUAAUGCUGCCGAGCAGCCGUCGCUGACUGAGGAGAAGGCGGCGGCUUAAUCCGUGGAGAGAUAAAGAUACCCGGGUGUGAGCGCUUUUAAGGCGAAUCAAAGGCUCUGCUGAAGAGAGGGAGACACAUACCGCCGCACUGAGCAUCUACUCAUGUACAAAGUUGGAAACCUGAAUACCCAAAGGAAAUAGGAAAUUUACCGCCAUGAAGUCUCUAGAUGAGCCACCUUACUUAUCUGUGGGCACAGAUGUAAGUGCCAAGUAUAGAGGUGCUUUCUGUGAAGCCAAGAUCAAGUCAACAAAAAGGCUUGUCAAAGUAAAGGCAACAUUCAGACAGGAUUCUUCAACUGUGGAAGUGCCAGAUGAUCAUGUUAAGGGACCCCUAAAGGUUGGUGCUGUGGUUGAAGUAAGAAAUCCAGAUGGAAUUUAUCAAGAGGCUGUAAUAAGUAAAUUAACAGAUGCAAGCUGGUACACAGUUGUAUUCGAUGAUGGAGAUGAAAAGACUUUAAGGCGAUCAUCGCUAUGUUUAAAAGGAGAAAGGCAUUUUGCACAAAGUGAAACCCUUGACCAGCUUCCGCUCACCAACCCAGAACAUUUUGGAACUCCUGUUAUUGGAAAGAAAACAAACAGAGGAAGAAGAUCUAAUCAAAUUCAUGAAGAAGAAUCCUCAUCUUCCUCCAGUGCUGAGGAUGAAAAUGAAUGUGAAACUAGUGAUGAAUUAAUAGGAACAGUUGUUUGUGUAGAUGUUGGAGACAAAAAGAAAGCAACAUGGGUUCCGACAUUAGUAGUUUCUCCAGACUGCUGUGAUGAUAUCACUGUAAAGAAAGAUUUCGUUCUGGUGCGCUCAUUUAAAGAUGGCAAAUUUGCUUCUGUUCCACGAAAGGAAAUUCGCAACAUUAAUGAGAUUUCCACAAAGCAUGAUAUUUUUAAGCAAGCUUUAGACCACGCCCUGGAAUUCUGUAAAAGUAAAACUAUUCCUGCUAAUUGGAUAACGGAAGUAAAGGAGGGGAGUUCAAGCAGUGAAACUGAAGAUGACGAGGAAGAGAAUAAAGAUGAUGAUGAUAAUGAUAGCACUAAUGAAGCAGAGGAAGAAGUCGAACCGUUUCCAGGAGAAAGGGAAAUUUUUAUUCAACAGUUAUACAAAUUUAUGGAAGAUAGAGGAACUCCAAUUAACAAGAGACCUGUACUUGGAUACAGAAAUUUAAAUCUUUUUAAAUUGUUCCGACUUGUCCAUAAAUUGGGAGGAUUUAACAAUAUCGACAGCGGAGCAAUUUGGAAGCAAGUUUACCAAGAUCUCGGAAUUCCAAUUCUUAAUUCAGCAGCUGGAUACAAUGUCAAGUGCGCAUACAGGAAGUAUUUGUAUGGCUUCGAAGAAUACUGCACUUCAGCUAGCAUUUCUUUUCACAUGGAACUGCCUACAAAAGUUGCACAGAAAAUAUGUAAAGAGUGUGUUCAUGAAAAUAAAGUUUCUGUAAAGCAAGAAUCCGAAUCGCAGGGGGAAACUUUUAAAGAAGAAUUUGAUGCAAAACAUGAAACCAUUAAUAAAGAAGUGAAUCUAAAUGAAGUUAAAGAUUCCACAGUUAAAGAAAUUAUAGGAACUUCAUUAUGUAAUGAAAGCAAAGUGAAAGAAGUUGAAGAACAUAUUGCAGUAAAUCAAGAGACGAUACUUGAGGAAUUCACACCAAAAAUUGAAGAGACGAAAAUUACUGACAAACAGGAAAAUGCAGAAGCUGAAAUCAAGACGGAAGAAGAAAUAGAUGAGAACCAGAACAUGGAGAUUGAGAAUGAAGACAGCGCAGAGGGAGAAGAGUUUGAAAGCUACCCAUCGGGCAUGAAAGUCCAAGUGCGGUACGGACGAGGGAAAAAUCAAAAAUUAUAUGAAGCUAGUGUUAAAGAUUCUGAUGUUGAAGGUGGAGAGGUCCUUUACUUGGUGCAUUACUGCGGAUGGAAUGUGAGAUAUGAUGAAUGGAUAAAGGCUGACAAGAUUGUAAGGCCAGCAGAUAAAAGUGUACCAAAAAUAAAGCACAGAAAGAAAAUUAAGAAUAAAUUGGAACACAACAAAGACAAGCCAGAAAGAGGUGAAUGCUCUCCCAAGCAUUGCAGGCUUUUCCCGAGACCUCUGUUUCAACCUAGGGAUCUGGAAAAUGAAUCCACACUAGAUGACCCUGAAAACAAGCACUCAAUACAAGGUCCACCUACAAUGGUUGAAAUAACAUCUAUUUUAAAUGGACUUCAAGCUGCUGAGAAUUCUGCAGAGGACAGUGAAACUGAUCACAGUAGCCUGAAUAUGGACAAAGAAGGAAAAGAAUUUGACAUGAAUCAUAUUGGCUUUGAUAUAAAUCAAAGACUGGAUGACAAUAAAAGCUUCCCAAGAGCAGAGGGAAAUUAUACUGCUGAUGAUCCUAUAAUGGAAGUAAUACCUAGGUCCCCAGUGAAAACAAUAGAAGGUUCUUCAGAUGAUACAGACUAUGAAGUGAAAUCUGUAAGACAAAGUAAAUUUAUAAAGAAUGAUAUUGCGAAGUCACAGGAUAAGCGUGGUAAAAGAAAAUACACAGAAAUUGGGAAGGCAAGGUCCCAUAUUGGAAAUGAAGAGUACUUCAAGUGCAACAAAACAAUUGGUAGACUUGAUGCAGGUAGUAUGACUUCCUCAGAUGAUGAGGAAAAAUCCAAUCCAAAACAUGCAUUAUCAAACAAGUACAAUGGUUUUGACGACAAAAGAAAAUCAAUGCGAACAGGUUUCUAUACAAGUUUCUCAGAAUCACCAGAAAAAAGGAUAAAGCUUUUAAAUAAUUCAGAAGAAAGACUUCGAGCCAAAGACCGCAAAGACGUUUGGUCAAGUAUCCAAGGCCAGUGGCCUAAAAAAACUUUAAAGGAACUUUUUUCAGAUUCUGAUACAGAAGGUGCCACAUCACCAUCAGCUAGGAAUCUAGAUGACACUUCCUCUGUUCAGCAAAGUCAUGAGAACAUUAGAAUGUCUUCAUCUGAAGUGUCCAAACCAGAGAAAGAUAAUGGACUAAAGCCUGUUGAUGAGAGAACUGCUGAAAUGGGUGACAAAAAAAUUGACUUUCCCAGUAGUGGCAGUAACUCUGUAUUGAACACACCCCCAACAACCCCAGAAUCACUUUCAACUUUAAGCGAUUGCCAAAAACAACCAUCAAAAAGUGAUAUUCUAGAUUCUUUAGAACCAAAUCAGGAAGAAGUUCAAAGCAUGAAAAGUGAAACUGAUAGUACAAUUGAAGUAGAUAGUGUUACCUGUGAACUUCAAGAUCUCCAGUACGAAGGGCGGUUUUCACCAACAGGAUUUGAUGCAAGUAUAAGUUCUAAUAGCAGUAACCAGCAAGAACCAGAAAAUAAAGCGAAAAGUCACACCAAUCUGGCAGCUAAUCAGGCUGUUAAUGUGGGAGACAAUAAUACAAAGAAACUUAAAAGAAGCCACAAAUCUUCAGUGCUUCAGAAGAAAAGGAAAACAACAACCAACACAAGUGAUAGUGAAGAUCUUUCUGGUGGUGAAAGCCUUACUAAGAUGCAGUCUGAAAGAUCGAAUGUUGGUUUAAAAUCACAGCCUACCAAAGUUCCACUCAGAGUGCAUUCUCCAGGAAAAUAUGCCAAGACUAGAGAAAAAGAUUUAUUUCAGAAAGAUUAUGCUGAUCGCCUUCCUAAAGUUUACAAAUGGAGUUUUCAAAUGUCAGACCUUGAGAAAAUGACAAGUAUGGAACGCAUUGUAUUCCUCCAGGAAAAACUUCAAGAACUUCGAAAACACUACCUUUCAUUAAAAUCUGAGGUUGCUUCUAUCGAUAGGCGGAGAAAGCGGUGUAAAAAGAAGGAAAGAGAAAGUGCAGUUGUAUCAUCAUCAUCUUCGUCGCCAUCCUCUAGUUCCAUCACUGCAGCUGUCAUGUUAACUUUAGCUGAACCAACAUUGUCAAGCUCAUCGCAAAAUGCAAUGCCAGUAGAGUGCAGGUGACAAGAGGACAGU